AUGUUUCGUCGGCCGGCGGAGCGCGGGGACGCGCCUACAGGACUGGAGGCUGAGCUGUCCUCGCUGGCCCUAUCUGACGGGCCGCUGAACGUGGCGCGUCUGUACGACAACCUCUCGCUCACCAGCUCCGACUGCUCGACCGACCACGUGGUGUCGCGCUGGUCCGACUUCGUCUCGGACGACGAGGAGUACAUGACUGCUGAGGAGGGCGGCUCGGUCGGCCCGCCGCCGACGGUGGCGCUGCGGCGUCGGCUGUGCGAGCUCGGCGACGACCCGGGCCCGGUGACCAGCAGCACCGUGGAGCUCUACCGCCGCCGACUGGCCCGGCUCGAGGCGCGCACGGCGCACUUCUCACCGGAGCUGGAUGCCGCUCUGGCCGGCGCCGCGCCGCCGCCGGCACCGGCACUCGAGGGGGACGCGUUCGGGCCGACUGGCGCUGCAGUCACCCGGCGCUCGUGCUUCAACUACCUGCUGCUGGAUCCGCGCGUCACCGGCCGGCGGCCGGCCGGCGCCCAGCUCUCGCUGGCGGCCUUCGCGGCGGCCGUGUUUUACGUGGGCAAGGGCCAGCAGAGCCGGCCGCUGUGCCACCUGCGCGAGGCCGCCGAGGCCGGCCCGGCGGGCAGCGCCAAGGUGGCGCACAUCCGCGCCAUCUGGCGGACCGGCGCCGGCGUGGCAGUACUCAGCGUGUUCCACCACCGUCCCAACGCCGAGGCGCUCACCCGUGAGGCGGCCAUGAUCGACGCGCUGGGUCUGCGCAACCUGACCAACGUGCGUCGCGGCGACUACUACGGCGCGGCCAAGGCGUGGCCGGCCGAGCGGCGGCGCCGGCUGGGUGUGGCGCUGCUGCACCGCGCCUGGCGCAUCUACGGCGCCGAGGGCGAGACCCAGCUGCGGCCCGAGGACUUGGGAAGGUGA